AUGGAGGAGGAGAUGAUAAGUUUGGAUUCCCUGGAGGAGAAGAAGCCGGAUACGUUUUAUAACAUAACAUUUAACGACAUUGACCACGCGAUUUACUCAGCCAGCGAGAACAUCGAGUUCCCCAAGGACAGAAAUAUCAUCAGAAAGGCCGAGGAUUUCCGGAAUUUAGGCAACGAAAGCUUCAAAAAAGGAUUCCUCGAAUCUGCCAUUGACUACUACACCAAAGCCAUCAAAACUUACCCACACAACCACGAAUUCUACACCAACAGAGCUCUAUGCUACAAAAAACAAAAUAAAUGGGAUCUUGUAGAGCAGGAUGUGAGACAGGCGUUAAAUCUGGAGGAAAACUCCGUUAAAGCCCAUUAUUACCUUGGACAAGCACUUCUCAAUCUAGGUACAAAUCACACAGUUCUCCUUAACACAGUUCCUUAUCACGGAGACCCUGUGGAGGGGAUGAGGAAGUUGAGGAAGGCGAAGUGUUUAUCGGAGCAUUACAAGGUGCCGUACAUAGAGGAAAUAGAUAAUGAAAUAUUAAAGGCGAAAAAAGCCAUCUGGGAAUCUCAAGACAUACAAUUCAAUAACACUCUCAACUCAUUCUACACCUUCAUACACCGUGAGCGUGUGGAGAGUAGGAUGGAGUUGGAGGAGUAUGGAGAGCGCAUUCAGCAGCUCGAACACUUUAGAAACUACAUCGCCAAAUCAAAAGAAAAACAUAUCCCGCCAUACCUCUGCUGUAAAAUAUCCAUGUGUUUGAUGAGGGAUCCGGUGAUAUCGUCGAGUGGUUUGACGUAUGAGAGAAAGUUGUUGGAGACGCAUUUGCUGUGUAACGGUGAGUACGAUCCCAUCACCAGGGAGCUGUGUAAGAUGAGUGACUUGGUGCCGAAUUAUCAUGUAAAGGAGGCCGUGGAGGACUUUCUAGAUAAAAACCCCUGGGCUUUCGAUGAUUACUAUACCAUAUAA